CUCUCUCUCUCUCUCUCUCUUCAAGCUUUCUCUCUCUAGACUACAUUAUGAGGAGGAGUGUGCAAUGCGAUUGCAGCAUUAUAUGAAGAAAUUGGAAAGGGGGAAAGGGUUUUUAAUUUUACUUCUGCAAAAAUUUCAGAGCACUAUGAGGACGACAAUGGCGUCCAAUCUAUUCGUCUUCUUCAAUUUGUUCAUCACUGUUAUUCAACCUUUCUUCUUCAAUGUCGAUUCUGUGCAGACAACGGAAAUGUCCGAUAGGGACAAUCUUCUCUCGUUCAAAAACUCCCUCGAAAACCCCGAAAUUCUCCUCUCAUGGCAGCCAUCGAUUCCCCACUGCAAUUGGACCGGCGUUUCCUGCACCGACGACCGUGUCACGUCGCUCGUUCUCUCGACUCAGUCUCUCGCUGGUCCUCUCUCUCCGGCGGUGUUCGCCGUCGCCGGCCUCGUCGUUCUCGAUCUUUCUGCAAAUCAGUUAAACGGCGUCGUUUCGGCUGAAAUAGCUACUCUGAAAAGGCUUAGGGUUUUGGAUUUGGGGCAUAACCGCCUCAGCGGUGAGUUACCGAGUCAGAUUGGCGAGUUGACUCAGCUGCAGACUCUCAGACUUGGGCCUAAUUUCUUCGCCGGAAAAAUCCCGCCGGAGCUCGGAAUGCUGUCGAACCUCCAAUCCCUCGACCUGUCGGGAAAUUCCUUCUCCGGCGAUGUCCCUCCCCAUAUUGGAAACUUAUCACAGAUUCAAAUUCUGGCCAUUGGGAAUAACUUUCUUACAGGUUCGUUACCUCUGAAUCUUUUAUCAAAGCUUCGAUUUCUGUCUUCAUUCGACGUCUCGAACAACUCCAUCUCCGGCGAAAUCCCGCCGGAAAUUGGACAGCUCACCUCUUUAAUCGAGCUCUACAUUGGCGAGAACCAUUUUUCCGGCAGGUUUCCGGCGGAGAUCGGCGAAUUGUCGAAGCUCGAAAUCCUGUCGGCGCCAUCCUGUUUGUUGAAAGGCCCUUUGCCGGAGACAUUCUCGAAGCUCAAAUCGUUGAGCAAACUCGACCUCUCUUACAACCCGUUGCAAUGUCCGAUCCCCAAAAUCGUCGGAGAUAUGCAAAACUUGACUGUAAUGAAUCUCGUUUAUUCCGAGCUUAACGGCAGCAUCCCGUCAGAGAUCGGAAAAUGUAAGAACUUGAAGGUUUUGCUGCUGUCGUUCAAUUCCCUGGCCGGAGCUUUGCCGGAGGAGCUUUCCGACCUCAAUUUGAUGACGUUUUCGGCUGAAAAGAAUCAGUUUUCCGGGGCAUUGCCUUCGUGGAUCGGGAAAUGGACGGAAAUCGAUUCGAUUUUGCUUUCGAACAAUCGAUUUUCCGGCAAAAUCCCACCGGAAAUCGGGAAUUGUUCGAUGCUGACUCACAUUAGUUUGGGGAGUAAUUUGCUUACAGGAGAGAUCCCUAAGGAGCUCUGUAAUGCCGUUAUGCUUUCGGAGAUCGAAUUCGAUCACAAUUUCCUGUCCGGCAGCAUCAACGAAACGUUCGUCGAUUGUCGCAAUUUGACGCAGCUUGUUUUGCUUGAUAAUCAUAUCGUUGGAUCGAUUCCGGGCUACUUCGCCGAGCUUCCAUUGAUGCUUCUAGAAUUGGAUUCGAAUAACUUCACGGGAUCAAUCCCGGUUAGCUUUUGGAGAUCGUCGAAUUUGAUCGAGUUUUCCGCUGCGAAUAAUCAGCUGGACGGGUUUCUCCCCGCCGAGAUCGGAGACGCCGCUUCGCUUCAAAGCAUCGUUCUUUCGAACAAUCAUAUUCGCGGUCGAAUCCCGGGGGAUAUUGGGAAGUUGAAUUCGCUCUCGGUGCUGAAUCUGAAUUCAAAUUUUCUCGAAGGGAACAUUCCGGCGGAGAUCGCUAAUUGCACGGCGCUUACGACGUUGGAUUUGGGGAACAAUCGUCUCGACGGUCCGAUCCCGGAUGGAAUUGUCGAUCUGCCACAGCUGCAGUGUCUUGUACUUUCGUCAAACAAUCUGUCCGGCGCAAUUCCUUAUAAGGAUUCGAAGUAUUUCCAGCAGGUUUCGGUGAUUCCCGACUCGAUCUACUUCCAGCACCAUGGCGUCUAUGAUCUUUCGAACAACAGAUUGAGUGGCGAAAUACCUGAAGAGCUCGGGAGCUGCGUCGUUAUCGUCGAUCUUUUGCUGAACCACAAUUUGCUGUCCGGGAGGAUACCGAAAUCGUUGGCGAACUUGUCGAAUCUCACGACGUUAGACCUAUCCGAGAAUCGGUUGACAGGAAGUAUUCCUCGCGAGCUCGGUGAUUCGGUUAAGUUGCAGGGAUUGUAUCUCGGGAAUAACCUGAUAACAGGAUCGAUACCCGAAGGUCUCGGCCGGUUGCUCAGAUUGGUUAAACUUAACCUUUCGAAUAACGUUUUGUCGGGUUCGGUGCCUCCGAGUUUCGGCGAUUUGAAUGCGCUCACCCAUUUGGAUUUGAGUCGGAAUUUGUUGACCGGCGAGCUUCCGGCGACGCUCUCGAAAAUGAUGAAUCUCGUGGGUUUCUACGUUCAGCAGAACCGUCUCUUGGGACGUCUAAUCGAGCUUUUCAAGAACUCGAUAAAUUGGAGAGUCGAGAUCGUGAACUUAAGUCGGAAUUCAUUCUCCGGCGACUUGCCGAGGUCUUUGGGAAACUUAUCAUACUUAACGAUCUUCGAUGUACAUGGAAACAGCUUCACCGGAGAACUUCCGUCGGAGCUCGGAAAUCUUGCGCAGCUCGAGUAUCUCGAUGUUUCAGAAAACCAGUUGGUCGGAGAGAUCUCCGGCGACGUCUGUGGCCUUUCGAAUCUCGAAUUCUUAAAUCUUGCGAAGAACGAUCUGCGCGGCGAAAUUCCGCGACAGGGAAUCUGUCGAAAUUCGUCGAAAGUAUUCGUAUCCGGGAACGAAAACCUCUGCGGCGAAAUCACGGGGCUAAUAUGUCCGGCAACGACGAGCGUUGCUCGAAAGUCGUCAUUUCCUUUGAAUGUCUGGGGGCUUUCGUCAGUCGUGUUGGGAUCAAUCUUCGCAGUAAUUUCCGUUAUUGUCGUGGUUCGACUCCGGGCGAGCCGGAACGAUCCGGAAGACAUGCACGAUGGCAAGACAAACAUCGCCGACGAACAGAAUCUCUAUUUCCUCAGCAGCAGCCGAUCGAAGGAGCCGUUGAGCAUCAACGUCGCGAUGUUCGAGCAGCCCCUGUUGAAAUUGACACUCGUUGACAUUCUCGAAGCUACUGACAACUUCUGCAAGGCGAACGUAAUCGGCGACGGCGGGUUCGGGACGGUGUACAAGGCGACGCUCCCUGACGGGAAAAUCGUCGCCGUGAAAAAACUCAGCCAAACAAAAACCCAGGGCCAGCGCGAGUUCCUCGCCGAGAUGGAGACGCUUGGGAAAGUGAAGCAUCGAAACCUCGUCCCGUUGCUCGGCUACUGCUCGUACGGCGACGAGAAGGUGCUUGUCUACGAGUACAUGGCGAACGGCAGCCUCGACAGCUGGCUGGCGAAUCCGACGGGGACGCUCCCUGUCCUCGACUGGGCGACGCGGCUGAAAAUCGCGACGGGAGCGGCGCGUGGGCUCGCGUUCCUCCACCACGGGUUCAUCCCGCAUGUGAUCCACCGCGACGUGAAAUCGAGCAACAUUUUGCUCGACGACGGGUUUGAGGCACGGGUCGCGGAUUUCGGGCUGGCGAGGCUGAUCAGUGCAUGUGAGACGCACGUGAGUACGGAUAUUGCCGGGACGUUCGGGUACAUUCCGCCAGAGUACGGGCAGAGCUGGAAGUCGACGACGAGGGGGGAUGUGUAUAGUUUUGGGGUCAUUUUGGUGGAGUUGGCGACAGGGAAGGAGGCGACAGGGCCGGAGUUUAAGGGGGUCGAGGGCGGGAACUUGGCGGGGUGGGUGGUGAUGAAGAUGAGGGGGGGCCGGGCGGCGGACGCGCUCGAUCCGAAGAUACUCGACGCGGAUACGAAGCCGAUGAUGCUGAGGAUGCUGCAGAUCGCCGGCGUUUGCCUGUCAGAGAAUCCGGCGAGCCGGCCGACGAUGCUGACUGUGCUUAAGUUCUUGAAGGGAAUUGGUGAGUAAGAUUACACGGAGGUUAUAUAUAGAUCUAUAUCUAUAUAUUAUAUAUAUAUAUAUGUGUGUUUGUAGUAGGUAUUUGUUGUUUCGGGUGUGUUUUUUUUGUUAUUAUUGAAGGUAAUGAAUGUAUUUUGAUUUUGUUAUGUGGUAUAGUAUGGUAA